CAUUAUUAAAAAAAAAAAAAAAAAAGAAAAAAAAAAGGAGUUUUGGCCAUUUUGCCUUUUCCUUGUAGGAAUUAGGAACCCAAUCACGCAUGAGGGGAAAAAGUACAGAGGGGGCCAGUCUUGGAUCACACUCGCCGGCCUCAGGUGGACGAAAGCAAAACAACCAGAAAGCUCAAAAACCUUGCACUGCUCCAGUCCUCACACUCUGUAAGAUUCGGUAUUUCCCAUUUCGUCUCUUAUUUCGUUUCAACUCCUUUCUGUCUCUCUCCAAUUCCCUGAUUUUCCAUUUCGUCCACUUCCCCAAAUCUCAAUUGAUUGCUGAAGAAAUGUUUAUGUAGGAGCUUUUCCAUGAUCCGGGUAUUCUCUUAAGCUCACCAAUUCGGCAUAUUUCGCUUCUAAUUUAGAGCAUCUCGCGCUAGGGUUUCUUACCCAGUUCGUGUUUUAAAGUUCUUUCUCGAUCCACAGUGGUUUCCUAUAGAUUUGGAGCUUUUCAAGGUCUCAGAGGUUUGAAUUUCCUGAAAUUUUGAACCUUUUCCGUUUCUCGCUGCAAAAAAUUGCGUAAAGUUUCAUGCUUGUUUCUUUAUUUACGGGGUCUAGUAUUUUUGUUAUUGGAAUUCAGGUUUUGAAUGUAGUAAGUUAGAAUUUUGCUGGAUUUAGAUUUUUGUUUUUUGUUUUUUUUGGCUUGAGUACAAUUAUGUCAGCUAAUAGUAAUAACCCACCAAAGAGCCUUGGGGCCUCUUCAUCACCCUUUGGUAAUGCGAAUAUGGUAGCCCCAAAUAUGGGUGGAAACCCGAAUUUUCCGCAGUCACAAGCUCAAGCACAAAUUGCUGCUGGGUUUCAAAAUCAGUUUCAGUUAUCCCAAGCACAGGCCAUUGCCCAGGCACAGUCAAAAGCUCAGGCACAUGCCCAAGCUCAGGUUCAAGCAGCUCAUGCUCAGUUCCAAGCUCAUUUGCAGGCGCAGGGGCUGACCCUUAAUCAGAAUCAAGGAAUUGCUAAUAUGGGGUCUUCGCCCGGCCUGUCGAACACUGGCAGUGCAGGCAUGAAACGGAUUCCUCAGAAGCCUCCUGUACGCCCUCCCGGUCUUACCUCUCCCACCAUGAUGUCGCCGUUGAGGACCAUGGAGCUCACCCCUGCAGCGGCUCGUAGAAAGAAGCAGAAGCUUCCUGAGAAGCAGUUGCAAGACAAAGUGGCUGCCAUUCUUCCCGAAUCCGCUCUUUACACACAGCUUCUUGAGUUCGAGGCUCGUGUUGAUGCUGCUCUCAACAGAAAGAAAGUUGACAUCCAAGAGGCGCUCAAGACCCCUCAUUGUGUCCAGAAAACCCUUAGAAUUUAUGUGUUCAACACUUUUGCUAACCAGAUUAGGACGAUACCGCAGAAGCCAAAUGCUGAGCCCCCUACUUGGACUCUUAAGAUUGUUGGGCGGCUUUUGGAAGAUGGGAUUGAUCCUGAUCAGCCUGGUGUGGUUCAGAAGACAAACCCCCUUUACCCCAAGUUCUCCUCGUUCUUCAAAAGAGUAACCAUUUCGUUGGACCAGAGACUAUAUCCUGAUAAUCACAUUAUUAUAUGGGAAAAUGCACGAACUCCUGCGCCUCAUGAGGGCUUUGAGGUGAGGAGAAAGGGGGAUAAAGAGUUUACUGUGAAUAUACGGCUGGAAAUGAACUAUGUGCCUGAGAAGUUCAAGCUCUCACAACCUCUAGUGGAUGUUCUUGGUAUUGAGGUUGAUACCCGUCCGAGAAUAAUAGCCGCUAUUUGGCAGUAUGUAAAGGCUAGGAAAUUGCAGAACCCACAUGACCCUUCUUUUUUCAAUUGCGAUCCACCCCUCCAGAAAGUUUUCGGGGAAGAUAAGAUGAAAUUCACCAUGGUCUCACAGAAGAUAUCUCAGCAUUUGUUCCCUCCACAGCCUAUACAUUUGGAGCACAAGAUCAAGCUUUCGGGAAACAGUCCGGUCGGAACUGCUUGCUAUGAUGUGUUGGUUGAUGUGCCUUUCCCUAUUCAGAGAGAAUUGUCUGUUCUGUUGGCCAAUGCAGAGAAGUGCAAAGAGAUUGAUUCCUGCGAUGAAGCUAUAUGUGCAGCAAUAAGAAAAAUCCACGAGCACCGUAGGAGGCGGGCCUUUUUCCUGGGCUUUAGCCAGUCACCAGUGGAAUUUAUUAACACGUUGAUUGAAUCCCAGAGCAAAGAUCUGAAGCUUGUAACUGGAGAAGGAAGUCGCAGUGCUGAAAAAGAACGCCGCGCAGAUUUCUUCAAUCAACCAUGGGUUGAAGAUGCGGUCAUCCGUUAUUUGAACCGCAAGCCGGUUACCGGAAGUGAUGCUCCGGGAAGUACGUGAAGCGGGUGAAGCUGAUUCUUGAGCUGUUGAAAGGACAUUCUGGUUAUUAGACCUUUCACUUGAGAACUAAGGUUGGCGUACUUUCUGGAAGAUGAAGCAUUCUAUUAUAUGACUACGAUUCUUGCCUAGGAAAUCAGAUAAUAGUCUUUGUAGCUCCUUUUGAUAGUUAUCCUUGCUUCUGUGCUGAUUAUGGUUUAUGUACAAAUAGAGAAACGAUAACUAUAUAUGUGCUUGAUUUGUAAUUGUAGGAAAUGUUGUUUGUACUCUGUUUCUGUUUAAGAAGCCUUAUUUUGUGUAAUUCAUGUUGGCUUCGACAAAAGAAAAAUUUUGGAUUAUUUGUUGAAAUGCGCUGUUUAAUGUCAUUAGGAUGGUUGUUAUGGUUGGUUUCUUUUCUCCA